CGCGUUUCCAUGGAGGGCAAGGACGAAUGGGUACCUGUCGACAUAGAUGCCGACAAGAAGGAGGAGGGCACGGAGGUAAAGUCACCUUCGGCGGCAGCGAGCUCCGGACCUACGACCCAGGUCAAGCGGGAGUUCGUCUUCAAUGGUCAGAAGAUGGAGUAUGUCACCUCGGAGGGCAAGGUCAAGGAGAGAGAUCCGGGCAACACGCACCAGGGUCGCAAGAAGGAGAAGCAGAUGGAGCUGGACCCGGCGUUCGCACUGCAGGUGGACCCGCGCGACCCGAGGACCACACGGGGACCGUGCGGCAAGACGCAUCGCAAGUACUUCACGGUCAACAACCAGUGGGGCCAGACCAGGACAUGCUAUCGGUGCGGGCUGAGGUUGCUCUACGUCCCGACGGCGAAGGCGCCGAUGACGAACCUCAGCAUGCAGCAUCCGAAGUUGGUGGAGUCCGGCCUGGAGUUGGUGCGGCACUGCAACCUGUGGGAGACGGCCAAUCACGAGCAAGUGACUGCGAUGAUCAACAUCGCCACCUCUCUUCGGAGGCUUCCCGGGACCGAGAUCCGCCACGCGCCGGACGCGCUGCUGGAGAUGUUGGGGGCAGCGAAUCCCAGGCAGCUUCUGGCGGCCGGACGUCGGAAGUCACUACUCGCAGGACUGGCUUUGGCCAUGACCGUGGGUACGAUCACCGAGGCGGUGGAGAUCUGCUGCCAUCCCAACAGCAUGCUGACCGACGAGUGCACCAACAUCGGCCUCAGCAUGGAGCGGAUCAGCAUCGAGAACGGUUACAACCUCAGCACGAAGGCGGGGUUCGAGGCCGCUAGCAAGAAGCUGGACGAGGUGAUGCCGAAGCGGGCUUGGAUAUCGCUACCAUGCACGCUAUGGACUUCGCUUACGAACUUCAACUACAAGACCCCAGAGGCACGUGCACGCCUAGAGAAAGACCGACUUCGUGACCGACGACGUGUGAAGUAUGGAGUUCUCCUGAUGCUAAAGAUUGUUGACAACGGAGGAGAGGUCUACUUCGAGUGGCCUCACAGGUGUCAAGGCUGGAAGAUUCCCGAGCUCAAUUUUCUUCGUAUGGAAUUGAGGCGUCGGGGACGACACGUCUUCGAAGAUCGGAUCGACGGGUGCAUGUACGGCCUCAGGGACUACAACACUAACGAGCUCGUCGAGAAGGGCUGGAGGAUCAUGACCACCGACCCGGAGUUCUCCAAGGUCGCGACCGUGUGUGACCACUCACACGGUCACCGAGUCAUCAGCGGGAAGCUGCACACUGCAGCCACGGCCUACUACCCGCAGGCGAUGUGCAAGGCAAUCGCCCGGCUAUGGCAUGCUCAACUCCGGACCCCAAUCGACCUCAACAUGGCCCUGGAGAACCCUGCUGUCCUCGACCUCGAGAAUGCCUACCUGAUGGAGCGGGACACCGGGAGCAUCUACGUCGCUGAGCCCACGGAUCUCGAAAGGGAACAGGUUCGAGCAAUGUUGAGCAAGAUACACAAGGCUGCAGGGCAUCCAGGUAACGAGCACUUGGCUUACUGGUGCAAGAAGCGACAGUGUCCACGCUGGAUCAUCGAAGAAGCGAUCAACCUUCGCUGCGAGGCAUGCGACUUAGUCAAGCACGGCGUUACCCACAAGGUCAAGGCGAGCCUCGACAUCCCCAUGGCACCUUGGCAGGCAGCCGUCAUGGACGUUUCCGACCUGACGUUCCCGGACUUGAAUGUGAAGGCCAGGUUUCUCCUCAUCGCAGAGGUCGCCACCGGCCUGAUGUGCGGGGACAUCACUGCGAAGAUCGGCCUCAAGGAUAAGGGCACAGAUUCGUCAGCUACGCUGUUCACGACGUUUGCCAGAGCCUACCUUCAACGCUAUCCCAAGCCAAGGUGGGUUUUCGUCGAUCCUCAGACCUCUUUUGUGGGUGGCGAGUUUAAAGACAACUGCCAGUUGGCCGGCAUCGGCGUCUCAGCGAAACCAGGGGGAGCACAUUGGAUGGCUGGCGACAUCGAGCGCCGCAUCUCGACCGUCAAGCAGGUAAUGAGGAAGCUUCGCCUACAAUGCCCCAAGCUGAGUCCCGAGACCGUGUUUUACAUCUCGAUUGCGGCGGCCAACAACAUGGACAACAUCAAGGGCUACACGCCGAUGCAGUGGGCUUUCGGGUUCUCUCCCACCGAGGACCCUAUCUUGGCGCAUAACGCAGCUACUGGCAAGUUGAAGUCCGACUUCUUCGAGAUCGAGCGGGUACGAGCGGACGCAGAGGCGACUUACCUUAAGGAGAAGGCGUCCAGGAAGAUCUCAGAGCUGAAGAACUCAGCCCCACGACCUCGACAUGAAUAUAAACGAGGCGACUGGGUCUGUGUCUGGCGGUCGUACGCUGCGACAGGGAAGCGAAAGCUUUCCGGACAGGAUUUCUUCACGGACGGCUUGUUCAUCGGACCGGGCAGGGUCUUGUUCUCCGAGCCAGCGGUCCAGACAGGCAACAAGGACGGUGUGAUCUGGGUCAUCAUGGGCAACCGAUGCUGGCGCUGCGCAGCUGAGCAACUGCGGCCAGCCACGCAGUCGGAGAUCGUCCAGAUCAACCUGAAGAAGGACGACAUCCUCAACAGUCCGCUCGAGGAUGUCUGGAGGCACCUCCAGGAUUUUGACGACAUAGCCGGGGAGCCUUACCCAACGGCAGAUGACAUGAGGAUGCUACCACGUCAACCUCUUGAAGGCAUGCCGAGGGUGAUCGAGAAUCCCGAUGUGGCCGUGGAACCCCACGACGUCACGGAGGCAGAUGACGACCAGGAGGUAGACGAGGCGGCGAGCGACCAUGUGGAAGCCAGCGAGACCGACAUUAUCAACUUCGUGCAGGAUCCGAAUAACGAGGCCGAGAUGGACCUGAUGAAGAUCGAGAUCGAGGCGGACCUUGAGGAGUUCUGCUUCGAUGCGAGCGCGUACCUGGAGAAGCAGCUGAACCGCGUGGCCAACAACACGGUCAAGAAGGGCGUGGAGGUUUCGUUUGGCCGCCUGAGCCCCGAGGAGAAGCCGCUGUUCCAAGAGGCAAUGGCACGGGAGCUGGCGGAACAUCUGGAAGUACCGACAGUCCGGGCUGCAUCUGCUUACGCUGACUACAAUCAUGGAAAAGAUAUUCCAGCGGACAAGCUGAUCAAGAUGAGGUGGCUACUGACCUGGAAGCCUCUGACGCCACCUGAACCACCGGACAAGUCGGACCCACACCCCGUGAGCACGCCGGACGGGAAGUUCAAGGCGAAGGCCCGUAUCAUUCUGUUGGGCUUCUCACAUCCGGACCUUGUCAGUCGCGACAAGUUCGGAGAUCGGGACCAGGACGGCACCGUGUGCGGGGUCAUCGGCUCGCACGUGGACGACUUUGGCAUCGCAGGCGACAGCGACAACAAGUUCUACCUCGACAUGAAGAACAUGCUGAAGGAGAUGCUGCGGUGGUCUCCAUGGCGAAGCACGCCGUGCAUGUGGGCAGGCAUGUGGAUCACCCAGGAGCCGUCGGGCAAGAUCCAUGCCAGCCAGGAGGAGUUCUGUCACCAGCUCCUCGAGAUCAGGGUUGAGUCCGGCAAGUAUCUCUCGAAGGAUGACAAGCUCAAACCGGAGGACGUCACCCAGUUCAGGGCAGGCCUGAUGAAAUGCCAGUGGAGAGCGACACAGACAGCACCACAGUUCUCAUGUCGGGUGUCACUGUUGGCUCAGCGGGUGAACGAGGCGACGUUCGGGGACCUGAAGGACACGAACGCCCUCAUACGCGAUGUGAAGCGGACCGCUCGUGACUCAUUGGUGUUCCACAACUUCAAUAGCAACUGCGGCGGCAAGCUGAAGUGGGACGACCUAGUGAUUGUGACGUGGGUCGACGCAAGCAGGCUACUCCAACGAGGGGGCUACAUCGUGGCGUUCACCACGGCCGAGAUUCUCAAGCAGAAGGAAUGUGCAGUAUCUAUCGCCGACUGGAGAUCGUACAAGCUCAAGCGCACCGGCAUCGGCACCAACGGCUGCGAGGGCCAGGCUCUGUACGACGGAGAGAACGCCGCGUACCUGAUGCGCAUGCUGUGGUCAGUCAUGCACGGAGUUCCAGUCACCGCGCACACUCAGGAGGAGGUGGCGCAAUCCAUGACUUCGGUGCUGGUGAUCGACAGUCGGGGAGUUUAUGACUCAGUUCACAACAAGGAGAGCUUCGGCAUAGGCCUGAGCGACGCGAGGACCGGCGUGGAGGUUUUGCAUGUGAAGGCGAACUGCGGGCCCGAGAAGAACCAGCACCAGGUCUGGGUACCCUCGGACCUCAACCUCACCGACGGCCUCACGAAGGACAGCCCCGAGGCAAGGAAGCCUCUGGCUCUGUGGCUUGCACGGCGCACCUGGAUCAUCAGGUACGACGAGGAUUUCAUGUCAGCCAGGAAACGACAGCGAGCCAACAAGCUCGCUCAGGACAAGCCGCAGCCGCCUACGGACGCUGAAGCCGAGGCCGCCGACGCUUUAGCUUUUCUCGACCUAUCUUGA